UAUCUUUUCUCUCAGCUCCCGUUUUGUGUGUGUUGGGGGGAUGGGGCCGUGUCGAGGAUGAGAGACUCAAAAUAUUUACCACUCGGCUAACUAAAUAUCUUUUUUCUGAACUGGGCUUCCUCCUUCGGUCUUGUACAUAUAUAUACUUUUCGAUCCCGCAUGAGUUUGGGCGGAAUUUGUCCUAAAUAAAGUGGAGUAUCUGUACGUCCACGACACACGCUUAAAAAGUCGACAAAAUGUAUUCCUCUACUGGAGCCACGGAGAUGCAGGAGGCACCCCCCCGUUCCUCCGGGUCAACAGGCUCUGACCCCCCUGAUUUAGACCCGCCAUCCUCCCCAGUGCCAGAAUAUGUGUUCAAGCCACCUUCUCGGCCAGACUUUGGCACCAUGGGCAGGACCAUCAAGCUCCAAGCCAACUUCUUCGAGAUGGAAAUCCCCAAACUGGAGGUUUACCAUUAUGACAUCGACAUUAAGCCUGAGAAAUGCCCCAGGAGGGUCAACCGUGAAAUUGUGGAGCACAUGGUCCAGCACUUUAAAACGCAGAUCUUUGGUGAUCGUAAGCCUGUGUACGACGGGAGGAAGAAUCUGUACACCGCCAUGCCUUUGCCCAUAGGCAGAGACAAAGUGGAGCUUGAGGUUACCAUUCCUGGUGAAGGCAAAGACCGCAGCUUCAAAGUUUCCAUCAAGUGGGUCUCCUGCGUGAGCCUGCAGGCGCUGCACGAGGCUCUGGCCGGGCGGCUACCCAGCGUCCCCUUCGAGACCGUCCAAGCCUUGGAUGUGGUCAUGAGACAUUUACCCUCUAUGAGGUACACCCCUGUGGGCCGCUCUUUCUUCACCCCUUCAGAGGGAUGUUCGAACCCCCUCGGUGGAGGCAGAGAGGUGUGGUUCGGCUUCCACCAGUCUGUCAGGCCGUCCCUUUGGAAAAUGAUGCUCAACAUCGACGUUUCUGCCACUGCAUUCUACAAAGCCCAGCCUGUAAUUGAGUUCAUGUGUGAGGUCCUGGAUUUCAAAAGCAUUGAAGAACAACAGAAGCCCUUAACAGACUCCCAACGAGUGAAAUUUACAAAGGAAAUCAAAGGCCUGAAGGUGGAGAUCACUCACUGUGGGCAGAUGAAGAGGAAGUACAGAGUGUGCAACGUGACCAGAAGACCAGCCAGCCACCAAACGUUCCCCCUGCAGCAGGAAAAUGGCCAAACUAUUGAAUGCACAGUAGCACAGUACUUCAAAGACAAGUACAAGCUCAUCCUGAGAUACCCCCACCUCCCGUGUCUUCAGGUGGGACAGGAGCAGAAGCACACCUACCUACCUCUAGAGGUGUGUAACAUAGUGGCAGGACAGCGCUGCAUCAAAAAGCUGACAGACAAUCAGACCUCCACUAUGAUUCGUGCCACAGCCCGAUCGGCCCCAGACCGUCAGGACGAGAUCAGUAAAUUGAUGAGGAGUGCCAACUUCAACAACGACCCUUACGUUCGUGAGUUUGGAGUGAUGGUGAGGGACGAGAUGACAGAAGUGAACGGCCGUGUCCUCCAAGCACCUUCCAUUCUGUACGGAGGCAGGAACAAAGCAAUAGCCACACCGAUCCAGGGAGUCUGGGACAUGAGGAACAAGCAGUUCCACACCGGCAUCGAGAUCAAAGUUGCCAUCGCCUGCUUCGCCCCUCAGAGACAGUGCACUGAACUCCUGCUUAAGUAAGUGAGACUUUCAUGGCUUGAUAAGAGUUAAUGCAUAAUGCAUAAUGUAAGGCACCUUUUUAUAAUAGGAAUGCACAAACGAGGAUACAUUGAGCCAUGAGCUGUAGUUUCAGACGUUGCAGUCGGAGCAGAGAAACGACACACAGCUGUCUUCUCUCAUUUGGGUCUUACGCAAUUGGCAUGACAGCGCAGUUUAGAGUCUUUCGCUGUAUGGCCCCCUGAGGACCAAAGUAUUUCAGCUCUACAGGGGCGUAACAGAGAAUGAUUAUGUACAGCUGUGCUAUUCUUUUACAAUGCCUUAGCCAAUCUGAUUUGUGGACUUAUACAGGGUGAGUUCAGGCGUUAUGUCAGUGUUGAUGCAGAUGUUAGAAUGUGCACAACUAGGGAUGUCCCAAUCACCU